AUGCCCCGAAAACCCAAGGUUUCCUCCUCAAGGUUCAUCCACGGAGGCGAGGUUCAAAAGAGGAAAGGCUUGCGGUGGAUACCUAGGCACCCAGAGACGAGGAAGGGCGUAGCAAGCGACGAAAUGCUUCGGGGAGUUGAAAAUAAGCAUAGAUCCGGAGAUUCCCAAAUAGGUCAACCUUUUAAACUACCUGCUGAAUCCAUGAGCAGGCAAGAGACAACCUGA